AACGUCAUCGCGAGAGGCCGAUGCGAGCUUCCGUCUUUGUAUUUGUGUUGGAGAACCAGGGGCCCGACUGAGAGCGGACUGUUGCGAAGCCUUCGGACAAUAAUCGAGGAGGAGAUUUGAACGUUCGCAGUGUUCAACAGAGAAGAAGGACUAACGCAGAGAUGUCGGACGACCUGGCGAAACAGUUAAGCAGCUACAAAGCUCAGCUGCAGCAAGUGGAAGUGGCUUUAUCCACCGAUCAGGAGAAUGAGGAUCUGCUCAAGCUCCAGAAAGACUUACAGGAAGUCAUCGAUUUGACCCAAGACCUCCUGACUGCACAGCCCAGUGAUGGGGCCUCCACCACCAACGGCUCCGAGGCUGCCCCCGUGAAGCACAGCUGGAAAGUGGGAAACAGGUGUAUGGCUCAGUGGAGUCAGGAUGGACAGGUGUAUGAGGCUGAGAUUGAGGAGAUAGACCGAGAGAACGGCACUGCAGCUGUAACCUUCUCUGGAUACGGGAACGCCGAAGUGAUCCCUCUGCAGAACCUCAAACCAUCAGAGGAGGGGAAACGCUCUGAUGAGGACGGGAACAUGAAGCCCAAAUCAAGGAAAGAACAAAUAGCAGAUCAGAGAGAAUAUAAGAAGAAGAAAGCCCAGAAGAAGGUACUGAGGAUGAAGGAGUUGGAGCAGGAGAGGGAGGAGCAGAAGUCAAAGUGGCAAAGUUUCAACAACAAAGCCUACAAUAAGAACAAGAAGGGACAGGUAAAGAGGAGCAUAUUUGCGUCUCCAGAGAGCGUGAAUGGAAAGGUCGGAGUGGGAACAUGUGGUAUUGCAGACAAGCCAAUGACCACGUACAACGACACGUCAAAAUACAACGUCAGACAUCUAAUGCCCCAAUGACCUCAUAUAUUCUGUACAUAAAACAACUCACUGUAUACCAGCUGUGUCAGUGCUUUCCAUUGUGUUUAUACAUGAUUUAAGUUUCUCAAGUGAAAAACACUUUUAAUUGCUUGCACACCAUUGUUAAAAUAUUGAUGUAGUUUUUCUUAUAUAUUAUGUAGGUACAACAACAAAAACAUUUCCCUCCCCGCACUAGAACAAGGUCACGUGUUAUGUAAGAACUGAUUGUGGUGUUUUAGUCAAACCAGAAACAGUUUGCUGUUUGUGUCGAGGUUCCACUGAGACCGAACUCCUGCAAAGAGUGUAUAAAACUGGACUGGACUGGGUGUGUAAAUUUGAGGUUGGAUUUUCACCACUGACCAGUUCUGUGUCUAAACAUUAAUAAUGGUGUUGUAUAUAUAUAUAACAGUGAAAUAAACAUUGUUUUGUUUUCA